CCUUAAUCUAUCAACUAAACGUAUGGACUUAUGGAAGUUGCCACCUCUGUAUCUCAUGAAUUUGUGACCACUGCAAAAUAAAAGAGGGAAAAGAAAGAAAGCAACUGUCUGAUUGAUGAGUGGAGUCCUGCUCAAACCCUGGGUAGAUGAAACAUCCUUUUUCAAGUGGGGAAACUGCACAAACUGUGAUUGGCAGGAGGAGGAGAGUCUGACGGAGGAGCAGAGGAAUGUUGGCAGCCAUUUAGUCUGAGCUCAACAACGGAGGAAACAUGGAUUCUUCACAAAAAAAAUGUAAACACAGCAAUGGAGUGAGAUGUGGGACCUCUGAGGAGGAUAAGGAUGGUUCAGCAACAACGGCAAAAAGAGAUGAAUCACUGAGUUGUGAGCAAUGUGACAAGACUUUUAUUACAGCAACAAAGCUAAGAAUUCACAAACAUAUUCACACUGUGGACAAACCAUUCAGCUGUGAUCAGUGUGGAAAGGCUUUUACUCAGAAGAGUGACUUAAAAAGACAUCAACUCAUUCACAGUGGAGUUAAACCAUUCAGCUGUGAUCAGUGUGGAAAGGCUUUUACUCGGAAGAGUCAGUUAAAAAGCCAUCAACUCGUGCACACUGGAGUUAAACCAUUCAGCUGUGAUCAGUGUGGAAAGGCUUUUACUCACAAGAGUCAGUUAAAAAGCCAUCAACUCAUUCACAGUGGAGUUAAACCAUUCAACUGUGAUCAGUGUGGAAAGGCUUUUACUCGGAAGAGUCAGUUAAAAAGACAUCAACUCAUUCACAGUGGAGUGAAAUUGUUCAGUUGUAAUCAGUGUGGUAAGGCUUUUACUCGGAAGACUCAUUUAAAAAGCCAUCAACUCAUUCACAGUGGAGUUAAACCAUUCACCUGUGAUCAGUGUGGAAAGGCUUUUACUAAGAAGAGUGACUUAAAAAGACAUCAACUCAUUCACAGUGGAGUUAAACCAUUCACCUGUGAUCAGUGUGGAAAGGCUUUUACUCACAAUAGUCACUUAAAAAGCCAUCAACUCAUUCACAGUGCAGUGAAACCAUUCAGCUGUGCUCAGUGUGGAAAGGCUUUUACUCAGAAGAGUCAGUUAAAAAGCCAUCAACUCAUUCACAGUGGAGUGAAAUUGUUUGGCUGUGAUCAGUGUGGAAAGGCUUUUACUCUCAAGAGUACAUUAAGAAGUCAUCAACUCAUGCACAGUGGAGUUAUACCAUUCAGCUGUGAUCAGUGUGGAAAGGCUUUUACUCACAAGAGUCAGUUAAAAAGCCAUCAACUAAUGCACAGUGGAGUUAAACCAUUCAGCUGUGAUCAGUGUGGAAAGGCUUUUACUCACAAGAGUCAGUUAAAAAGCCAUCAACUCAUUCACAGUGGAGUUAAACCAUUCAGCUGUGCUCAGUGUGGAAAGGCUUUUACUCAGAAGAGUAUGUUAAAAAGACAUCAACUCAUUCACAGUGGAGUGAAAUUGUUCAGCUGUAAUCAGUGUGGUAAGGCUUUUACUCGGAAGACUCAUUUAAAAAGCCAUCAACUCAUUUACAGUGGAGUGAAACCAUUCAACUGUGAUCAGUGUGUGAAAACCUUUACUCAGCAUGAACAGUUGUUGAUCCAUCAAUGCCCCCAUUCUGGUAGAAAGCGGUACCACUGUGACUCCUGUGAAAAAACUUUCAAGCACCAAAAGAGCUUAAAAUGUCACCAACGCAUCCACACUGGACAUGAUGUGUACCGAUGUGAUCACUGUGGUGAACCAUUUGUAUUGUACUCACAGUUAAAAGCUCAUGAAGUGACCCACACUGGGGUUAAACCAUACCUUUGUGAUCAGUGUGGGAAACGCUACAGCUACAUUGCAAACCUCAAAGUUCACCAACGUGUCCACACUGGGGAGAGACCAUACAGAUGUGAUGAGUGUAAGAAGACUUUUACAACUUUGUAUUCCCUGAAACAACACCAGCAGAUCCGCACCAGAAAGAAAGCAUUCAAUCAGUGUCACAGUGAGCAGAAUGGAACAGAUGGACAAAACUCUCAGACUUGUCAGCACUCUGCCAAUGGUGAACAGUGCUGCUUUGACCAGUCUGGACCAACGUCCAACCAACAAGGAACCCUACAACGACACCAGCGUAUGCACACUGGACACAGACUGAACCCCUGCCAAGAAGAUUUGUCCAUGCAGGGUUCAGUAAAAGUUCAUGAAGUCCUCCACAAACUUAAAGUCCUUGAGAUCCGGCUUCACAGAAUUCAGGUCUAAUUUCUUGUUUAGUGUCUUCGUUGCUUCGUUGCAAAAUCCAUUAAGAGGAAAGCUGUCGUUAACAGAUGUGACUGGUAAAUUAAUCAAACCGUUCAAAGUGGUUACUCAGUUAAAUGAAUUAUCAGUGGCAGAGGGAUAGACGUCUGGAUGGAGGCAGUGAGCAGCAGGGCGAAUUUCCUCAAUUACCACCUUAAUGGUUCCUCAGAUCCCUCUGGGCUGCAGGAACCCGUUAGAUGCAGAGCUGGUUCAGUGAUUCUCUGAUGAUUAAGCAAAAUUAAUUGAGGAGAUUACUGGCCUUAGGGUUCCUGUCUGUCAGUCUGUAAAUAUAAAAACAUGAAGUGUUCUAUGAAAAGUCCAAUCUUUGAAAGCUGACAUGUAGUUCAGAAUCAUUUCUUUGUAAAUUAGCUGCAUCCAGUCAUUACCAUGACAUUGGCAGUGAUUCUCUGAUGAUUAAUCAUAAUUAAUUCAGGAGAUUACUGGCCUGAGGAUUUCUAUCUAUCUAUCUAUCUAUCUAUCUAUCUAUCUAUCUAUCUAUCUAUCUAUCUAUCUAUCUAUCUAUCUAUCUAUCUAUCUAUCUAUCUAUCUAUCUAUCUAUCUAUCCUUUCUCAGCUACAGCAUCUGCACCUCUGCUUCUGUGUGAAGUAGUCAUUACAGGAGAGAAAGUGGAGAAAAUCUGACAGAUUUUGUCAAGUGGUCCAGAAAAAUCUGACUACCCCUACAACUUCUCUCCUGUAAUGAUAGUAAUAAGUAAUACAUAGUUGAUACUUCACACAGCAGUAGCAGAGGUGCAGAUGUUGUAGCUGAGAAAGUUUGGAGGUUGCCACUUCUUGCAUUCCAAGAAUAGUAGGGGAGUCAGAUUUUGUCAAGUGGCCCAGAAAAAUCUGACUCCAGAUUUUAUUUCAUAUCAUACAAUCUGCACUUUUAACUCAACCUGCAUAUUUCUGUUAAAGUCCUAGUUUUGAAAUGGUCUCUCUGUUCUUAAUCUGCCAUACUGUGAUCAUUUAGCCCCUUAUUUUAUUAUUCUGUUCUUACAGACUGUAAUUUACGAGUUUUUUUUUUAAACUUGUUGUGAUUUGGUGUUUUAGCUGUUGUAGCAAAUAAUUUCCCAGGUGUGGGAUAAAUAAAGAAUUUCAAUUCUAUUAUAUUGUUAACUGUCCCUAUAAAAAUAACAACAAUAAGAAAUUACUACGAUACUAAAACUAGAACUAUACUUAUAUUAAAGACUUUAUACAUAAAUACCAGACAUAUUUUGAUGCCAUAUCUUGCAUUCUUAGGGGAGUCUGAUUUUAAGUAAGGAGAUAUAAAGUUUUCUCAGUGAACAAUUAUUUUAAUGACACGUGUAGAACACUGAUGGAAUGUGAACAAUAUUUGGCGACUACACCCUGUCCUGUCCUGAUGUCCUCAUAGGAGUGAAGCUGAGAGUAGCGUAGGAUCUCCCCAAUGCCAUUUAGGGUGCGCACAUACGGAUGAGAAGAGGAGGAGAAACAUGUCACCUAAUCAUAUUUAACAGGAAAACAUGUCUGCAGGUCAGCACUUAGUCACAUUUAACCCAAAAACAACAGCAAAAGCAGUAAACGUACAACAGAAAAACCUGUCAAGUGGCCACAGAGUGAAAAGUAAGUCACACGCGUUCACGCGAAGGGGGAGUCAGAUUUUUCCGGGGAGUGUGAAAAUUGCACAACACCUGGGUUAGUCUGUAUCCUUUUUUCUGAUUGGCUGAGACGAGACACGUGACAGUGUGCAUCUAUUAAUGAUCGGAAGCAUUCAGGUCGUUCUGGUUAUACUCGGUAGCGCUCUUCAGUAAAGGAGACGCAGUUUGUUAUUUUCUUUGAUUAUCGCUCGGCAAAUUACAAAAAAGUUGCAAGUUAACCCUUUUUUCACAUUUAUUAGGCAAAAUUAGCUUCGCCACCGUGGCUAAACAUGCUAAAAAUGGCUUUGCCAUCCUGAGGAAGGCUUUGCCUAUGGCGAAGUGGAGAAUGGCUAGCGCAAGCACAGAGACACCCUGAAAAUUUGACACAAUCUUAAAUAUUAUGAAAUAUUUGUUGAAAAGUCUUUUUCGUGUGUUUCUAAGGGUGUGGCUGCAUCAGAAAGACACAAAUACAAAUGAUAUUUUUUUGGUUUGUUGUUUACAAGAAAUAUUUUAUGGAACCAGUCAAUUUUCAGUUUUAAUGUCUUUUAUUAGGAUGUGUUUAGUUUUAUGAUUGUACUAAAAUAAAUGACUCUUGAAGACCUCAAAGUGAUUCUUAAUGCAGUAUUUCACAAAUGUAUGGGAUGUCCAAUCCACUGCUGUAUUUAACAGCAAUCUGAUCUGCUGACGUUAGCAAGACAAACAAGUGAAGGUUUCAGGCUUUUAUCUAGAAUUGUUCUUGAGAUAUUCAUCUUCAAACAGCCUCAAAUUUCAAUGUGAGAAAAUCAAAAUGAGUGAAACUGGGUCUGCAGUCCACUGAAAAACCUCUAAGAAAGUGUCUGACAUACUGAACUAAUAUUUCAUAGAUAGCAUUGUAAAUCUCCACAGUUUAUGAUUUAAAAAAAAAAGUUUUUUUGGGAGAUGGUCAAUGAUUUGAAACUGAGUUUGUCCCCUAGAGGACAAAUGGCACAAUCACAGAAUGAGGGUAUGUUUUGAAAAAAUAUCAUUCAAAAUUUGUCCAGAGAAGUGACUAUAAUUUGAAUUUUAAUACACUUAACCAAGUGCUAUAGGUGGGGAAAAAAACAUGUUUAUGCAGCAUGAUGUUGCUUUGUGAUGUUGCAACUGACAUGCUGAUUUCAAAAUGGAAGCAUUUUAAUUUCUAAUGCUCUCAUAGAAGAUGACUGGUCAAGUAAAAUUGACUCCUGUGACUCUGAUGUCAUGCAGAGUCUUUAUGCUAUGAAGUGGAAAGGGUGAAAGAAGACAGACUGGACAUUUCUGAGUGAAACUGAACAUGGCAUGUACUGAUUCAUAAAAACAAGUGUAUUAUCUUUAAUCAAGCCUUACAUAGUAUUUACUAGCUGAAGUACUUCGGUUUUGAACACAAGAAUUACUUGUCAAGACGACGUUGACUGGAGCUCUGCUACAGAAAGGCAGUUCAUUUUCUGCUGGGGUUCAUAACAUACAAGAUUUCUCAAAUCUACAGAGAUAUUUUUGAUUUGAAAUUAGGGUUACCUUAAAUUAAUAAUAUAUAUUUUUUGAUACUUUCUCUAAAAAACUCUAAAAAAGCUUCAGGUGUAGCUGCUGGAAAAGAGCCUGCAAGUCACAUGGUGGGACAUGUGAACAUAGUUCAAUAAGAAAAUCAAGCCUGUUACAGUGUUGCUCUAGUCCCCUCUGUUAAAUGGCAUCAAAACAAUGGUCAACGUGAACAAAUCAUGAGUGUUGACAUUGCACUCACAACAGUACCUCUCAACUGUUCUAAUUUUGAUCUAUUUAGGAGAACAAUGUAAUGAGUGCACCGAGAGAUCCAAUACAGGGAGCUUUCCUUUUUCAAAGAUCAUUAGAAGGACAGAACCAGGGACGGACUGGCCAUUGGGCAAUGUGAGCAAAUGCCACUGUGGCUGCCUGGUCAUGCGGCUGCCACCAGGCAGCAUCACAAACAAAUAAAUAAAUGAAAAUAUAAAGCGGGGCGGAGCAGCCGCAUCAAUAGACGGCCGCAAAUGAUUAGGCUAAAUAAAUAAAUAAAGCGGACCGGCUGCGUCAAUAGGCGGCCACAAAUCAAUAAAUGAAUAAAUAAAAAUAAUAAAAAAAUUAAGUGGAGCUGAAGGCGCCCACAAAAAAGAGGGAAAAAAGCAAACAAAAAAACAGCCUGUUAACUGUAACAAAUAAUAGGCCUACUCAACUAAACAAUGAUAAUGACGUUUUUUAUUUGUAUGGUUGUUUGAAUAUGUUAGAAUAUUAACAUGACUUAUCUUCUAUAAUUUCUGUUUUUUGGACAAUACAAAUAUAAAGUGUUUUAUUUUUGAAGUAGAAAAAAAAUGAAAACAUGUUAAAAAGAAGGGGUAUUCAGACCAUCUGUAUUUUUUAUUUUUCUGAAGAUUUAUUCUUGAUUUUUAUUCUUUGAUAUCUUAAAAUCGAGAGGUUAAUAUUUCUAGAAUUGCAACAGGUUGGGAGCUGAAGCCUUGUGGUGACACUAUAUAUUGCUCCAUGAUAAAAAAUGAUUAGCUCAUUCUUACAGCUAUUUAAAAAAAUACUGAAAACAUUGUAUUCGAUUAAAAUGUAAUUAAAAAAAAUGUUAAAUGUCA